GGGGGGUCCAAGACAGUGCAGUAGGUGUGUCUCUAUCACUUUUGUCAUUUCUUCCAGGAAGUAGAGUUUUUGUCUUUACGUGAAUUACUGUGAAGUGUAACAACAGUGUGAGAAACGCGUUGGUGAUAAACUUUUGUAGCUGGCUGCCAUGUCGGAUACUUUGGAGCGGUCCACGAAGAUCAGCUUGGUCAGGGAGCCGGUUGUGAAGAAGCUCUGUGAGGUGUUGGACAAAUCCAGCAACAAAGGAUGGCGAAAACUUGGAGAUAUAGUCGGCAAUGACAGACGGUUUAAAGUCAGCUCAAACGACAUGGAGAUGUGCUCUCUGAAGGUGUUGGAGCUGGAGGGCAGCCCGAGCCGCAUGCUGCUGAGGCUGAUGGGAGAGCGAGGCUGCACCACGGGUCACCUGAUUGACUACCUCCAAAUUCUGGGCAACUCAGAGGCCCUGCAGUGCCUGAAACCAUCAGCCUUGCAGAUCCUCAUUCAGCCCCAGUCGGUGGCUCUUAUAUCGGGCCACAAUCUGCGCCUCAGCUGCCAUGCUGUGGGCAAAUCUCCAGUACAGUACCAGUGGUUCAAGACCAAGGAAGAGGUGAGCUACGGCCAUCCACGCACAAACACACACUACCUUCCCUUCGACUUUAAAGGAAGUUGUCUUUGUCUUCGUUGUGUUCAUGCUGAUGUUUUGUAUCAUUUCCUUUUCAUUCUUCAUACUUUUGUCCUUUAUGUUAAGUUUUUUCCCCAGUUUUGUUUUGUCCCUGUACAUCAUCAGCAUCCCUGGAAUGUAUUCACAAAAACAGUAUUGCCUGGCACAGGACUUGAUUUACAGUUUUCUUCAGAGCUGGCCAUCCAGCAUUUCAAAAAGGUGCCAAACAGCUUCUCUCCAGAACUGAUGAUAAGUCCGGUCCAUCUGAAGGACGCUGGCUUUUACAUCUGCAGAGUCAACUGUGGAGAUACUUUUGAAUUUAGCCAGUGGGCUCAGGUGGACGUCCUGAAUGUCGCCAUGUCUUGCGGGCAGAGUUAUCAUUCCUUAGAAGGUCGGCUGAAGUUGGUGAUCCAGCCUCAGUCCCAGCGGCUACAUGUUGGGGAAAACCUGCAGCUGGAGUGUGGAGCCAUGGGACGGCCGAUCCCUCGAUACCAGUGGCACAGAAAUGGAGUCCCGAUCCCUAAUGCCACAAAGAGGAAACUCUUGAUUCCUCAUGUGAUGCAGGAUCAGCACGGCAGGUAUCGCUGUGAGAUCAGCAGCAGCACUGAGAGAAUGUGGACCAAUGAAGUUGACGUUGUGAUAGCAUCAAGGAUAUCUGUCCAGAUUUCAGAGGCAGUGGAGUGCUCUGAAGAUGAUGUUUACGCCAUUGGAGGAGGUGCCAGUGAAUUUUUCCUAAACAGUAUUCCAGAACAACUUCAUGCGACUGACAAAGUGGCCCUGCUGAUCGGCAAUCUGUCUUACCAGAACCACCCGCAGCUCAAAGCUCCCAUGGUGGACGUGUACGACCUCACCAACCUCCUGCGGCAGCUAAACUUCCAGGUGGUUUCACUGCUCGACCUCACAGAGUCAGAGAUGAGAAACGCUGUCGAUGAGUUCCUGUUGCUGCUUCACAAGGGAGUCUAUGGUCUGCUGUACUACGCUGGUCAUGGAUAUGAGAACUACGGCAACAGUUUCAUGGUGCCGGUAGACGCACCAAAUCCGUACCGCUCAGCCAACUGUUUAUGCGUGCAGAGCAUCCUUAAACUGAUGCAGGAAAAGGAGACGGGCCUCAACGUUUUCCUGCUGGACAUGUGCAGGAAGAGGAAUAUUCAUGAUGAGAGCACUCCAAACAUUGUCCUGAGGGUUACGGCCAACAUUGUCUUUGGAUACGCUACGUGCCAAGACGCCGAGGCCUUUGAGCUGAGCUCCAGUGGCUUCACCAACGGUGUGUUUGUCAAGUUUUUGAAGAAGCGACUGCUAGAUGAUGAGAAGAUCACUGUGGUGCUGGACAGAGUCGCUGAGGACAUGGGUCAGUUUGAUGCCACAAAGGGGAAGCAGGCUCUGGAGAUCCGCAGUAGUCUGUCAGAGAGGAGAGCUCUGACUGAUCCUAUUCUGCCCGGCGACAGCGCUGAUCUCGCUCACGCUCACAGCCGCCAGUGGGCAAAGGCUCAUGAGCUCCCUGAGAGUAUGUGUCUCAACUUCGACUGCGGGGCUCAGAUCAAGUUGGGCUUCGCCGCAGAGUUCUCAAAUGUGCUCGUGAUUUACACUCACAUCAUUAAGAAGCCCGAGGACAUGUCCCACUGCCAGGCUCAUGUCACCGACUUCUCACAGGACCUUGAUGUGGAUCCUAAAGAGAUGAACAGAGAGACUCCAGAGGAGACGGGGAUCUACUUUCUGUCCAGCAGCCUGCCGCAGCACUGUCUUUACACCAGAGUCAGCUCAAUGCAGAAGCUCAGGGAGGAGCUGGUCUUCACCGUGUGCCUUCAGGGCACCUUCACCGCCAUGGACGACGAUCCCGUCCACUGGACCAAAAGCAUCAACAUUGGCAAGCCACUGAUCGCCCGACUGGACCUGCACCGGGCCAUGCGGCGAAAUAGUUGCCUGCAGACCUGCCAGAUGCCCCACAGCCCGUCACAGAGCCCCUGCCACAGCCCUGGGCCUGAACACCGCCUCCACCCCCAUCACGGGACGCACCAGGCCCAGGACUACAACCGCCUAUCACCACAACACCACUACCUAGAUGUCUACGAGCGUCUUCAGGGUGCAGUGGGAGGCUGUGGGGAUUCCUACUACGACAACGUCAGCCAAUCUCGCUAUGAACCUGCGUACGACUCAGCUGGUGGGCUUUCAAGCUCACCGGGAAGGCUUAGCAUCCCUAUAGAGGCCAGUGACGACAUCACCGAGCUGCAGACUGUUUUCAUCAACAGUCUGCAGCUUCAGCAGCAGUGAAACAGCUGCUGGAUGUCAUUGAUAUUUCUCAGAAGAGAAGCUUUAAGUGUCUAAUGUUGUAUCUGGAAUACUGCUGCUCUUUCUGUUAUAUGUUGUGUCUCACUACGAUUGUUUAGAAUAUUAUAUUCUUUAAGUUAUAAGCAUUAUUUUCCUCAAGCUGUACACUGACUUUUGUACUUGAAUUUUAAAGAGUUUUGUAAAUAAAUUUUUAGAACAAUAAAAAAGUGUAAACUGCCAUAUUUAUAGAAAAGCUAUAAGAUACUGGAUGGUAAUUGUCAAGAUCAGACAUGUCACAAACCUUGUGUAACAUUAUUACGAAAACUUUAUUUCAGAGCUGGAAUUUUACCUCUCGCAAAGGUUUGAAAAUAUGAGCCAAAUGUGCAUAAAUUAAAGGGGCAUUAAGAUUAAGAAGAUAAGGGGUGAAGCAAUCAGCACAGCGCAAGAACUGCAUUGUAAACAUUUGUUCAUGUAACUAGAAUAAAAGAAAAAAAAGAGCUCCCUCUGCUGUACAGUUAGAAUAAAUAUCUAAGGCCAUCAGACAUUUUAUAAUGCAAUUAGCCAGAGGAGAGAAAGUAAUGGUUAAAAACUUUGACCAUGGACAAUCGACCAGAUUAAAAACCUCUACCGACUGAGAAUAUUUCCACAA